GGGGCCGGCUGUUGGCGCUGUCAAGCCGAGCGCGCGGGGGGCGGCGGAGAACACCGAAGAGGCGCUGCCAGGAACCUGUCUGUUGCUGCAGGACAAAAAUGUUUCACUUAAGGACUUGUGCUAGUAAGCUAAGGCCAUUGACUGCCUCACAGACUAUUAAGACAGUUUCUCAAAACAAACCACCACCAGCACCAAGGACGUUUCAGCAGAUCAGGUGCUACAGUGCACCUGUUGCUGCUGAGCCAUUUUUGAGUGGGACUAGUUCAAAUUAUGUGGAGGAAAUGUACUAUGCUUGGUUGGAAAAUCCAAAAAGUGUACAUAAGUCAUGGGACAUAUUCUUUCGCAAUGCCAAUGCUGGAGCUGCUCCAGGUACCGCUUACCAAAGCCCCCCUCUAUUAAAUACCAGCCUAUCAACCCUGGCACAGUCUCUGGUUCAAGCACAGCCAAAUGUAGAUAAGCUGGUGGAAGAUCAUCUUGCAGUCCAAUCACUUAUCAGGGCAUAUCAGAUUCGAGGGCAUCAUGUAGCCCAGCUCGAUCCAUUGGGCAUCUUGGAUGCUGAUCUGGACUCUUCCGUUCCAGCUGAUAUUAUCACUUCCGCAGACAAACUGGAUCUUGCUGCAUUCAAGGAGCGGCUGAGAGUGCUAACAGUAGGAGGGUUUUAUGGCCUACAUGAAUCGGACCUCGACAAAGUCUUUCACUUGCCAACUACGACUUUCAUUGGAGGAAAUGAAUCCGCUCUUCCACUUCGGGAAAUCAUCCGCCGUUUGGAGAUGGCUUACUGUCAGCACAUUGGAGUAGAAUUUAUGUUUAUUAAUGAUCUUGAGCAAUGUCAGUGGAUAAGGCAGAAAUUUGAAACGCCUGGUAUCAUGCAAUUCUCCAGUGAGGAGAAGCGCACCCUGCUGGCCAGACUUGUGCGUUCAACCAGGUUUGAGGAGUUCCUGCACAGAAAGUGGUCUUCUGAGAAACGGUUUGGUUUGGAAGGCUGUGAGGUUCUGAUUCCUGCUUUAAAGACAAUAAUUGACAAGUCAAGUGAGAAAGGAGUGGAUUAUGUUAUCAUGGGAAUGCCUCACAGAGGGCGCCUGAAUGUUCUUGCCAAUGUUAUCAGAAAGGAGUUGGAGCAAAUUUUCUGCCAGUUUGAUUCUAAGCUAGAAGCUGCAGAUGAAGGCUCAGGGGAUGUAAAGUACCAUUUGGGAAUGUAUCACCGAAGGAUUAACCGUGUCACUGACAGGACCAUCACUCUUUCACUGGUUGCAAAUCCUUCUCAUUUGGAGGCUGCUGAUCCUGUUGUUCAGGGCAAAACAAAGGCAGAACAAUUUUACUGUGGAGACACUGAAGGAAAGAAAGUGAUGUCAAUCCUUCUGCAUGGAGAUGCUGCUUUUGCUGGCCAAGGGAUUGUUUACGAGACUUUCCAUUUGAGUGACCUGCCUUCCUAUACAACAUAUGGGACAGUUCAUGUGGUGGUGAACAAUCAGAUUGGAUUCACUACCGAUCCUCGUAUGGCCCGCUCUUCCCCAUACCCAACAGAUGUGGCUCGUGUGGUUAAUGCACCCAUUUUCCAUGUCAAUGCUGAUGAUCCAGAGGCUGUGGUAUAUGUGUGCAAUGUGGCAGCUGAAUGGAGAAGUACUUUCCACAAAGAUGUCGUUGUGGAUCUGGUGUGCUACAGACGAAAUGGGCAUAAUGAGAUGGAUGAGCCAAUGUUCACUCAGCCAUUGAUGUACAAGCAGAUCCGAAAACAGAAACCUGUGCUACAGAAGUAUGCUGAGACACUGAUUUCACAAGCAGUUGUAAAUCAACCAGAAUAUGAGGAGGAAAUUUCCAAGUAUGACAAAAUUUGUGAAGAGGCUCAUGCCAGGUCCAAGGAUGAAAAAAUCCUUCACAUCAAGCAUUGGUUAGACUCUCCAUGGCCUGGUUUCUUCACCCUGGAUGGCCAACCUCGGAGCAUGACUUGUCCUUCUACUGGCUUGACUGAAGAAGAUUUGGUCCAUAUAGGAAAGGUGGCCAGCUCAGUUCCUGUUGAAAAUUUUACCAUUCAUGGGGGUUUAAGCAGGAUUUUAAAAACACGAGGAGAGUUGGUUGCCAAUAGGACUGUAGACUGGGCCUUAGCAGAAUAUAUGGCAUUUGGCUCUCUUCUUAAAGAAGGAAUCCAUAUUCGGCUGAGUGGACAAGAUGUUGAAAGAGGAACAUUCAGCCAUCGGCACCAUGUCUUGCAUGAUCAGAAUGUUGACAAGCGAACCUGUAUUCCCAUGAAUCAUCUAUGGCCAAAUCAAGCUCCUUACACUGUCUGCAAUAGUUCUCUCUCAGAAUAUGGAGUCCUAGGAUUUGAGCUGGGCUUUGCUAUGGCCAGUCCCAAUGCUUUGGUGGUUUGGGAAGCUCAAUUUGGCGACUUCCACAAUACUGCUCAGUGUAUCAUCGACCAGUUCAUCUGCUCUGGGCAGGCCAAAUGGGUGAGGCAGAAUGGCAUUGUACUCCUUCUUCCCCAUGGCAUGGAGGGCAUGGGCCCUGAGCAUUCUUCUGCUCGACCAGAACGAUUCUUACAAAUGUGCAAUGAUGAUCCAGAUGUCUUCCCGAAACUAGACGACUUUGAUGUGCGCCAGCUGUACGACUGCAAUUGGAUUGUCGUAAACUGCUCCACUCCAGCCAACUUUUUCCAUGUUAUGCGGAGGCAGAUACUUCUUCCCUUCCGGAAACCACUGAUAGUCUUCACUCCAAAGUCCUUGUUGCGUCACCCUGAAGCUCGGUCCAGCUUUGAUGAAAUGCUGGCAGGCACUCGUUUCCAGCGUGUCAUCCCAGACACUAGUCUGGCAGCACAGAAUCCAGAACAAGUCAAACGGGUUCUCUUCUGCACUGGUAAACUUUAUUAUGAACUCAUUCGAGAGCGGAAGACACGGAAUAUGGAAGCAGAUGUGGCCAUCACAAGGGUAGAGCAGCUGUCGCCAUUCCCUUUUGACCUCCUGCUGAAGGAAUUCCAUAAAUACCCCAAUGCAGACCUAGCUUGGUGUCAAGAAGAGCACAAAAACCAAGGAUAUUAUGAUUACGUGAAGCCUAGACUCCGCACAACCAUUGACCGUGCAAAGCCAGUGUGGUAUGCUGGCCGAGAACCUGCUGCUGCCCCAGCAACAGGCAACAAAAAGAAUCACUUGACCGAACUGCAACGCUUGCUGGACACGGCCUUUAACCUCGACUCUUUCAAGGGCUUGUCUUAGAUACAUCUGGACCUUAGUUCUGUCCCGACACCCUGUGUUUGUGGUGUUUCUAUCUAUCAUUUCCUUUCUGUGUCUUUUAACUAUAGACUUUGUAAACUAACUUAAGGAGCCUGUUAUUAACCUCUUCCUGCUGUUAAAAGAAGUGCUCCAUCAAAACAAUCCCUGUCUGAAUAUUUGUGUUAAGGUUUCUGAGGGUUGCUGCAGCUCAGAUCUUCUGGAGCAGUGUGGGUUCACGCCUGCACAAACCCCUGGGGCAUACCUUGCUCCACUGCUCCAGGAUGAGAGCUUCUAAGGGACUAAUAUUGGCCUUCCAAAGGAACCUCUCUAGUGGAUGGUAUGGUGGUUUCUGGUUAAAUGCUUGAUUCUUGACUUUAAUCCCAAAAUUAAUAUGGAGCCGGCACUGCUUUGUGACAAAUUAUGUCACAAUCCCCCAUUGCACUACUCCAGGUGCAUGUGAUCUGGUAUUGCACUUGAUUUCAGUGACAAUAUCACCUUUCAACAAUAUUACACAUCUCUGACACUGAAAACCUGGGCUCACGCUGUUUUACUGCUGUUGUUUAACAAUUAGCAUUGUCUUCACUAGAUGUACCUCUUUGAGGAUAUUUUAUGGAAAUCUUGUUUCUUUUCAUGAAGGGAGCAGGAUAAUCGGCAAGGCACGGACUCAGGUGCUUGUUUUAUCAAACUAACGCUUACUAAUUCAACUCGCAUCCUGGAUGAGGGCCUGUUUGAAUCUUGGCAUCUAACACA